AUGUUAUCCUAGCUGUCAUCUAUAAUUUUACAGCCAGUGGUGAGCAAGCAACACUGCUGAGAGGCAAAGGAAAGCCCCGUUGGCAUCCACGCUGACUAGCAGGAACGAAGAUUCGCAGACAGAGCCCCCUCCAUAGGAUGCUGAGGAUGAAGACACUGACCCCUAUCCUUGUGUAUUAUAUCAUACUGGGAGCAGCCAGAGGUAAAGAGGUCUGCUAUGAAGACCUCGGCUGUUUCUCAGAUGAACCACCUUGGGCUAGGACCUUCCAGCGGCCAGUAGCCAAACUACCCUGGUCUCCAGACAAGAUUGACACCCAAUUCUUCCUUCUGACCCGGGAGAACCCAAAGAACCACCAGAUAAUCAGCGCCAGAAACUUUUCCAGCUUCAAUACCUCUUCAUUCCAGACAUCCCGGAAGACAAUUUUUAUUGCACAUGGGAUGAGCGACCGAGCAGAGAAUAGCUGGGUGUCUGACAUGUGUCAGGAGCUCCUGUUGGUGGAAGAUGUGAACUGUAUCGGGGUGGACUGGCGCCGUGGAUCGGGCAACAUACUGCAGUACGUGCAGGCGGCAAACAAUGGGCGUGUUGUGGGUGCAGAGAUUGCCUAUUUACUAAAGAGACUUCAGGCAGAACUGAAUUACCCCCCAUCCAACAUUCACAUCAUUGGACACAGUCUGGGUGCUCACAUAGCUGGAGAAGCUGGAUGUCGAGUUUCUGGCAUUCGCAGGAUUACCGGUCUGGACCCGGCUCGACUGUACUUUGAAAAUGCAGUAGAAGAAGUCCGGCUUGAUUCCUCUGAUGCUGGUUUUGUGGAUGUCAUUCACACUGACACAAAGAUGAUAAUUGGGGCUGGUAUGGCAACACCGAUUGGACAUUUCGAUUUUUACCCGAAUGGAGGACAGCAUAUGGUGGGGUGUCCUAAUGAGCUGCUAUUCCCAUUUAGCGCGUCUGGCAUUUUCAACACGCUGGCCUGCAGCCACUUCCGUUCGUUCCUCUAUUACACGCACAGCAUCCGAUUCCCCGACGGCUUCGUCAGCUACCCCUGUGGCAGCUACAGGGACUUCACCUCUGGUUCCUGUUUCCCCUGCCCCUUUCAGAGAUGCCCCACUAUGGGCCAUCACUCAGAACAGUAUUACAACAUCACAGACCAGAAGAUGAAGCUCUACCUGAACACUGGCACGGAUCUUCAGCACUUCUCCAGUUGGAGAUAUAAAAUUUCUCUAACAUUAAAUGGGACGGCAGAAACAUUGGGGAAAAUGUACAUAUCCCUUUAUGGGGCUGGAGGUAACGUGACCAAGGAUCAUCUGGAGAGUGGAAAUCUGGUCCCUGGAGACACCUACUCUAAGUUUAUUGAUUCCGCAGUUAAGCUUCAUCCAUUAGAUCGUGUAACAUUCUACUGGACCCCAAUACUAUUCAACAUCUUUAAAAAGCAGCUGGGAGCAGCCAGGAUGGACAUGCAAACUGGAGAAGAUGGAACCAUAUCAUCAUUUUGUGCUGCUGGGACAGUUCUGAAUAAUGUCACACAGAUCCUGAGCCCCUGUGGAGAUCUGGAUGCCCACUAGCUGGACCCUCUUAACCACCAUCUAGAGGACUAAAGGGAGAACUGCAAAAAAUAUACAGUAUCUAUGUAAAAAAAAAAACGUAUAUCUUUGUAUUCCUUCAAAACAUAUUAAAUCAUUUUAUUUUCAGCUCA